AAAAGUUGCUAGAAGAAGUAUGAAUGUUUCUGAAACAUGGCUGUUCAGUGGUUCCUCAUUAGCAUCUCAAGUUCAUGCUGCUGCUGUUAAUGGACAUAAAAGAGUUCUCCUAAAACAAAUAUCAGGCAAUCCUGAUCUGAAAGACAAAGAGGACCAGUUUGGAAGAACUCCUCUCAUGUAUUGCAUCUUGGCUGAUAGACUAGACUGUGCUGAGGUUUUAUUGAAGACAGGAACAGAUGUUGAUAAAGCCGACCAUAGUCAGAGGACAGCUCUCCAUCUUGCUGCACAAAAGGGCAAUUAUCGCUUUAUGAAACUUUUACUUGCUCAUAGAGCAAACUGGAUGAAGAAGGAUUUGGAAGAAAUCAUUCCUUUACACCUAACUACCCAACAUAAGAGUCCAAAGUGCUUAGCUUUGUUGUUAAAGUAUAUGGCACCAGGAGAAGUAGAUACGCAGGACAAGAACAAGCAAACUGCUCUUCACUGGAGUGCCUAUUACAAUAAUCCAGAGCAUGUGAAGAUUCUUAUCAAACAUGAUUCUAACAUUGGAAUCCCAGACAUUGAAGGCAGAAUUCCACUUCAUUGGGCAGCUAAUCAUAAGGAUCCCAGUGCGGUUAAUACUGUCAAAUGCAUUUUGGAUGCUGCUCCAACUGAAUCUCUGCUAAACUGGCAAGAUUAUGAAGGACGAACUCCUCUCCAUUUUGCAGUUGCUGAUGGGAAUAUAGCUGUUGUUGAUCUGCUGACUUCCUACGAAAGUUGCAACGUGUCUUCUUAUGAUAAUUUAUUUCGAACUCCGCUUCACUGGGCAGCUUUAUUGGGAAACUGUAGAAGAAUUUUUUAAACAUCCUUCUGUGAGAGAUGACUCAGAUCUUGAGGGAAGAACUUCUUUUAUGUGGGCAGCUGGCAAAGGUAGUGAUGAUGUCAUCCAGACAAUGUUAAAACUAAAACUGGUCACCGAUAUCAACAUGGCAGAUAAAUAUGGUGGCACAGCAUUACAUGCUGCUGCUCUUUCUGGCCAUGUUAGCACUGUGCAAUUGCUUCUAAAGCAUUAUGCUCAGGUAGAUUCUGCUGAUGUAAUGAAACACACUCCUCUUUUUCGUGCUUGUGAAAUGGGACAUAAGGAGGUAAUACAGACACUCAUUAAAGGAGGAGCAAGAGUUGAUUUAGUUGAUCAAGAUGGCCACUCUCCCUUACACUGGGCAGCUCUAGGAGGAAACCCUGAUGUUUGCCAAAUAUUGAUAGAAAAUAAAAUCAAUCCUAAUGUACAGGAUUAUGCAGGUAGAACUCCACUGCAGUGUGCUGCUUAUGGAGGCUAUAUUAAUUGUAUGGUGGUACUAUUGGAAAAUAAUGCAGAUCCAAAUAUUCAAGACAAAGAGGGAAGGACAGCAUUACAUUGGUUAUGUAACAAUGGCUACCUUGAUGCUAUAAAGUUGUUGUUAGGAUUCGGUGCCUUUCCCAAUCAUAUGGAAAAUAAUGAAGAAAGAUAUACACCACUUGACUUUGCCCUGCUGGGAGAUCAUCACGAAGUAAUUCAGUUCAUGCUGGAACACGGUGCAUUAUCUAUAGCUGCCAUUCAAGAUAUUGCAGCUGUCAAAAUUCAGGCAGUCUACAAAGGGUACAAAGUUAGAAAAGCUUUUCAAGAUAGGAAAAACCUUCUAAUGAAGCAUGAUCAGUUGAGGAAAGAUGCUGCUGCCAAAAAACGUGAAGAGGAAAAUAGGAGAAAAGCCUCAGAACAACAGAAAGAAAUGCAGAAUUGCAAAACUACUAAGAUCCAUAUGCAGCAGCAGAAUUUUCCUGAGAUGGAAAGAAAUCAUUUGAGAGUUCAUACUUCACAAUGCUUUGUUCCACCUGUUAAAAGGCCUCCGUCUGGCAACAUGUCACAAAAUCAACCAGGAAAAGGCAAGAGAAGCACUGUUUUAUCAAGCAAAGUGACUAUCAAGAACAAAAGUCAGUCAAUAGAGCUAGUUGGUGAAGAUCACAAAAGAAAAAUGGGUGUAUGUGAGGCAAACAGUAAUAGCAAGCCUGCUUAUAUCCUUUCAUAUCCUUGUAAGAAUAAUGACCAUCAUAGGCAUGAAACUGAAAGAAAGAAUCAAACUGUAUCUGCUACCUUAGGCAGGGAUCAGAAGUCUCCUACAACAACAACUGGUAGGUUUGUGCACAUCAGCAAUAAAAGACAUAAUUCAAACACUAAAUCUCCCAACUCUGGGGAAGAAUCAGACCAUCCAAGCUGGUCAGUAAGAAAUAAUAUAAAUCAUUCAGAAGAAAGAACAGUUUCUAUUCAGGAUGACAGAUGCAUUAGUAGAAGUAGUAGAAGUACAAGAAACUCUGGACAAUGUAAUGCAGCAUUUAAAAAUAAUCCACAUCAAUUAAAAACAAAAAGUAAAGAAUCAAAUAAUAAAAAAGGGUCAUUGAUUAGUUCAAGCAGACCUGGCAGUGCCACAAUAAGAACAAUGAAAGGUGAAAAGGCUACUUCAAAUGCUACAGCUACUCAGAUCAACAAAAUGAAAAAUAGUGGUGUCUGUUUGGUGGCCAAGAAUGCAAGUGUUAUAACGAUUGCACUCAACAAGAUGGCUAGAAGUGAUGCAAGCCUGAACAGAGAAGCUCUGUUAACAUCUACAAAUUCAGAAGAUCUGCCUGGUUUUGUUCAGCAUAAAAAUGCAUACACUGAACCAGUCCCAUCAGCAAUUCAGAUGCAAGUAAUAGAAAAAGAAAGAGUAAGAAAAGAGCUCUUUCAGAAGAAGUAUAAUGCAGCAAAUGUUAUUCAAAAAGUAUGGAGAAGCUAUCAGUUAAGAAAACAAUUCCUUCAGCUUUUUAGCACCAAACAGCAACGCAAAGAUGAAUGGCAACAAAAAACAACUGUCUUGUGCAUUAAGGCCCUUUGGAACAAAAAGUUAAACUUUACUGCACCUAAAGCACUUACUUCAGGCAAAAUCCCAAAGGCAAUGAACAAAAACACCUUAGGAAACAACUUGGUACAAAAGUCAACCAUUCUGAAGCAGAUAUAUGGACACUCACAAGAAGGAAAGGUGAAUCAUGCAAUGAGAUUGCCUUCUUCAAAACAGCAGUUUUGUGAACUUCAGUUAAUAUCAGCAGGCGGAUUGCAGGAUAUUUGCUUAUCAGAAAAUCCAGGGAAAUGUAAACAUUUUUCAUAUAAUAUGAAACCUGCCACAAUAAUGAAAGCAAAACACACCAGAUGCAAGCAUGAAAAUAAGACUCCUAUAUAAGAAGGGACAUGGACAUUUUA